CUUUCCCGUCCCCGAACCCCGACCCCAACCCCAACCCCCAACAUCCAACGAGCCCAGGAGACCGCGAUGGCGAGCCGUAGCGGUGGCGUCGGUCGCGGCCGGGGUGGCCGAGGCAACCCACCCGGUCUCGGCGGUGGGAUCGCCCCCAGGGAGUGCGAGUGCUGCCGGGCGGCGGCCGGCAUCCCCUUCUGCCGCGUGGAGUGGUCUUUCCUCUGCGCCGGCUGUGCAGCCGGCGUCCAUGGUCAGAGCUGGAUCGUCGCCGUACCUCCUGGCCCGAACCCUGGCUCCAAUCUCAAUCCUGUUGCUCCCAGCGCUUACUCUUUGCCUUAUGCUUGUCAGUACCCCUGCCCUAAUUCUAACCCUAACCCUGGGCCUCCUCCGCCUCCCCUGCCUACCGCUGUCCCUCCUCCUAAUCCGUAUCCUAACGCUAAUCCUAGCCCCGGAACCAAUCUCAACCACGUGGUGCAGUUGUCGUCGGACGAAGACGUUGCGUCCGCCGGUGAGGACGGCGACGGUGGCAGCAGCCGGAAACGUCGGCGGGCGUCGGCGGAAGGAGAGAGUUCAGCGGAAGCCAGCAUGAUGAGGGACAAGGAGAUGCGGAAGAACCGAAAGUCCCGGAAGGUUCAUGCGGACAUGAAGCCAAGGGUCGAUGGGAAAUCUGUCGAUACAGCGGAUUCUUCUGGGGCAGAAGGGGAGGCUGGUGCCAGGGGAGAAGGAGAGCCUGAUAGCGGUGGGGAUGAGGCGCGAGUGGACUCAAGCGAGGAUGCGAGGACCGAUGCUGUUGAGGAGUUGACCGAUCUCGGUGAGCAGCUAAGACCAGUGGAGGCAGGUGAGAUGGUAGCCACAAGUCCGAGCUUUGAGGUGGAGCAGUUCGAUGAAGGAGUGGAUUUGGGGCAGAUUAAUGCUGGUGAGGAAGUGGGACUAUUGUGAAUUUCAUCAUGAGCUUGGGCUUGUUCCUUAGAUUUGGGUUGCUUGUUGGAGAAAAGAUUUUUUCCCAGAUAGGUCUCUUGCUCUUGUUGCUGAUCUUAUGUGAUGUGGAAAUCAUUAGCCCAAGUUUUGUCAACUCGGUGAUCUUUUAUUUUUCCUACAUGGCCAUCAUCUUGGCAGGUGUUGACAGUAUGGCUACGCUGAUGAAGGACAAAUAGGGCUGCUUUCCUGCCAUUCUUACCGAAUACAUGGAACUGGCAACAAGGAGGAGAGCUCUCCUUGAAGGUCUUGCUGCUUGAUGCAAUCUCCCGAAUCUUCUAUACUAAUGCUGUAGACUAUGGAGUACCCCUUUUCCUUUUUAUAUCAUUGAAAAUCUCAUGGAGGAUGACUGCUGUAGGUGAGAAUUGUGGAGAAUUGAAUUGUAAAGCGAAGCCAUAGUCAUUUUGACUUCCAAGCUGUGUUGAAAGAUUUGGAUCCAUAUGACUGCCAACCAAGACCUUAAGGAUGAUGACAGUCUGUACAUACAACAAACUAUAUAGGUGGAUGACAGAAUCCAUCAUGGCA